AGAAAUUGGACGUGGCAAGUAGAAACCAAGGGCGAUUGUUUCGAAUGAGACCAAAACUACGAGUAGAGUAGUCGAGCAGGUGGUGAGCAAGUCGAAGAAUAUGGUGAUGUCAUGCAAGGCGGCGGCCAGAACGUGGAGCUUCGUUUGGGGGAUGGGGAUGGAAGCUGCAUGUUUCGUCUGUCCUGAAAUUUCGCAACCUUCCAACACGCAGUAGCAAUAACACCUUGGUAUCGCACAAUGGCUUCCAACAACGUCUGCAACAGCUGUAUUCGCGCAUUGAGACAGGGUCCGACCAGACAGGUCAAUGGACGAAUCGUGCACACCCGUCUUUCUCCUCGAGGCCAAUUCCUAGGACGUACCUUUGCGACUACCGCCAGUCGUCUCGAAGCUGGAAAACCCCAGGAAGGUCCGGAUGCGUCAACCAUGCAGAAGUUCGCACAGCGCAUGCGAGCACAAAAGCAGAUGAAGGCCGCCACAGAACCCUAUGUCGCCUAUGGUGCUACCGAAGAUCUGUUUCGCGCAUGUGCCCGUGCUGGAGAAUACACCAUGCCCACUGUCGCUGAAGGCGAGGAGCCACUGAGAUCGGCCAAAGGCGAGGACCUGGGAGUCGGCUCGGGUUGGUGGUACGAGGAGCUGGGUCUGGCACCCACUUUCAACACCUGGGCUCAAAUCACCUACUUGCACAUGUACAUCGUCACCGUACGCCUGAGAAUGUUCCCCCAACAACACGCCCACCACUGGCACCAGAAUUUGCUAGACCACUUCUCAUAUGCUGCCGAGGACCGUAUGGUUUCCUUGCACAACAUUGCCGCUCGCAGUGUGCGCAACAAGUACCUCAAAGACCUCUUUGUCCAAUGGCGCGGUGUGCUCGCUGCCUACGACGAGGGUUUGGCCAAGGGAGACGCCGUCCUUGCUUCUGCCGUUUGGAGAAACAUUUUCGCUGGUGAUGAGAACGUCGACGCUGCUGCAGUCGCCAAUGUCGUCAGCUACUUGAAGAAGAAUCUCAGAGACUUUGACAGAAUCGCCGACUCUGACAUUGCCAGUGGAGACAUCAGCUUCUCGAAUGCCGUCAGAGAGGCUGCCCUGGUCGACAGAGAAUCUCGGGCCAUGAAACAGCCUAUCCCAGAGCCCACACCUACAGCGCCUCGAGUUUGAGCAUUUAGUAGAUAAGGUUCUGCCACUGUAAUUAUACUUGUACAUCGUUUUGGUAGUUCAAAGCAACCAUCUAAUUGCCUCGUCUGAGAUGUGUUCUGGACAUCGGUUUGAAGAUAUCCUUG